GCAACAAGUGAAGUAGGAGUGUACCACGGUGUUCUAGGCGGUUCUAGAAAACAAUUGGGGGAAAGGAAAAUCGCAUAGUGUGGCCAAAGGAGAAUCAAAGAGUCUGAGCAGCACCUUUUCCCACGCCACUCGAAUAGUUCAGAUUAGGAAGAGAACCUUCCUGAGGCUAGCCCAUAAUUGUGGCUUUGGGGUGAAGAUGAUAUUCGAAUAAACGGGGGAAGUUCUCCCCUCAUAUUUUAGGGCAAAAACCCUAAACCUGAAAACCCGGCAUUUUCCAGUGAUGAAGUCGCCUAGGUGUUCACUUUACAUUGAUGCGGCGUCCCAAAUAACUACAAGAGGAAUUAUGCGCAUUGCGUCUUGUGUUUCCAAUUCUUCGAACAUUGUUUUUUAAACUGUUUUUAUUGGAGAAUAAAGAAGAGCAAUUACUAAUUUAAAAAACGCACAAUAAAGAACGCCUGCGCCAAUGCAUAUGAGAAAAUGUAUACGGCGCAAACUGUGAUGUCGGUCAGGACUGCGCCGGUUGUGUCACAGUCACGUGGCCAGUCGAGUUGCUUUUAACCUAUAGGACUUGCUUACAUAAGAAAAGAGAUGGUUUUGUUUCCUGUGGCCAAUCACGAGCAGGGUUAUAAACUUUCUAAAGGACUUAAGGUGCCUCCAUUUUUUUCCAGGGCGGAAAUAUCCUGUUUCCCUAAAUAAAGAUGGUGCUGUCCAGCGGUGUAUAGAAAUAGCGCGGAGCCUCAGCGCUAUUCCGUCUGGCAUUAUGGUGUUGUUGAGGAAAUGUGCUUUGCAGCUGGGGCCCGCGGCUAGGGGGUUACGGGAAACCGGUAGAAGAUUUAGCUCUUCUCUUCCAAGUUCCACACAUUCUGUUGAGGAUGAAGUGGAUACGAGAGAAAAUGAGACUGUUGCCCCUGACUUCACCAACCGGAAUCCACGUAACUUGGAGCAGAUGGUUGUAGCAAGGAAGGAGCGAGGCUGGAAAACCACAUGGCCAAAACGAGAGUAUUGGCAUAGAUUGCGACUUGAGCGAACACAACGCCAUGUGGAAGCUUAUGUUGAACAUAGCAGUGGUUGUGUUGUUGUCUCUGCUUCCACCCGAGAGUGGGCCAUAAAGAAGCACCUUCGUAAUACAGCAGGCGUGGCAGCAUGUGAGAAUGUGGGGCGCGUACUAGCACAACGCUGCCUUGAAGGAGGAAUAAACUUCGUGGACUUCAGAACUGUGAUUCCAUGGGAAAAACAUUGCGAUUCGAUCCAGAAAUUCCAAAAUGCUAUGACAGAGGGUGGCGUUGUAUUGAAAGAGCUGCGAAGAAUUUAUGAAUAAGUUGAACAUUUGUGAGGAGAUGCUGAGAAAUAUUGCAAGAGGUCUGCAGUUCUGCCCUUAAAGUGAAAACAACCCUAUUCUGUUUGACCAUUGAAGUCUUUCACACACAAAUAAAAAUCUAUUUGACAAA